AACGACCGACGGAGGGGAAAGAUACUGUAUGCGACGAUGACGACGGUGCUUUCAAGAGCUGCUUGGGCAAAUGCAAGGAGGGGCGCGACGAGCUGUGGGGGGGUUUGGAGAUAUAGGGGUGUUAGGAAUACGAGUACCGCUACCACCGGUACCGGGCGGACCAGACCAGCCAGUGCCCAGGACCUAUACAAGCGGAGGAACACCAGCGGAUUGUACUAUACCGUGAGGUAAAAAAAAAAAGGAAAAAAGACGCCCCCUCCAAAUUCCAAGUCUUUUUCCUCUCUCUUUUGUUUUUACCUUCUUGCUGUCUUUUGGUUGUUCAUGAUUUCCAACCCCAAACAGCCUUGGAUUAGCCACAUUAACCCUCGCCUACGCCUCAGUCCCGCUCUACCGCGCCAUCUGCCAAAGGACAGGCUUCGGCGGCACUCCCAUCACCGACCAGGCCCGCUUCACGCCCGAGAAGCUCGUCCCCGUGACCGGCGCCCGCCGCCUGCGUAUCACGUUCAGCGCUUCCGUCUCGGACGUGCUGGAUUGGAAGUUCACCCCUCAGCAGCGUGAGGUGCGCGUCCUGCCGGGCGAGACGGCACUGGCCUUUUACAAGGCGAAGAAUUGCUCCAAGGAGGACAUCAUCGGGGUUGCGACGUACAGUGUCACGCCGGGACAGGUUGCGCCGUACUUUUCGAAGAUUCAGUGUUUUUGCUUUGAAGGUCAGUUUGUUAUCUGUUGGAUUGGUUGGUUGGCUGGUUGGCUGGUUGGUUGGGCUAAUGUUGGGAGGGUUUCAGAGCAGAAAUUGAAUGCGGGUGAAGAGGUGGAUAUGCCCGUCUUCUUCUUUAUUGAUCCCGACUUUCUGGAGGAUCCGCAGAUGAGGGGGAUUGACACUGUUACGCUUUCCUAUACCUUCUUCAGUAUGUGCGCUCUUGAUUGGUUGGCGUAG